AUGGUCGGCAUGUUCUUAAUGGUUGUUGGACAUAGUACGCGAUUGUCUGUGGUUGCCGAACGCUUUCAGCAUUCUAAGGAGACGGUGUCACGGCUCAUCAAGGUAAUAGUUAGAGGAAUUCAUUCAUUGUCACCAACAUACAUAAGACGGAGGAACGUUGACGUGCAGCCUGAAAUUCAGAGAUGCCGAAAAUGGUACCCAUUCUUUAAGAAUUGCAUUGGAGCAAUCAAUGGAACACACGUGUCAGCUACUGUUCCUUCAUCGGUGAGAGGCGCGUAUCGCGAUCGAAAUAACGAGAUUACGCAAAAUGUUCUCGCUGCUUGUUCGCAUGACAUGAUGUUCACACAUGUCGUGACUGGAUGGGAGGGUUCGGCUCACGACUCGAGAAUUUUGUCCGAUGCCGCUACAUUGCAGACAUUCCCCGCUCCAUAUGGUGAACAAUAUUAUGUUAUUGAUGCUGGAUACCCCAAUAUUCCCGGUUAUAUGGCUCCUUACAAAGGGCAGAGGUACCAUCGCAGUGACUUUAAUGACGACACACCACCAACGACGGAGAAAGAGUUAUUCAAUCAGCGGCACGCAUCCGUUCGUAAUGUUAUCGAGCGGUGUUUUGGGGUGCUGAAGAGGAGAUUUGCCAUACUGCUAUCAAUGCCAAAUUACGGCCCAGUUUGCCAAGGACAAAUUACUCUUGCAUGCUUCGUAUUGCAUAAUUUCAUUCGGCUUAAUAAUUAUCACGACAGAUUAUUCGCAGAGUAUGGAAAUGCAUGGCAAUGUUACGAUGAAUUCCGAAAUCCUCCUCAUCUAAUUGGAGAUCAGGUUGACGUAAACAUGAGAAGCAGGGAAAUGGAUGCAUUACGUAACCGUAUUGCAGAUGCAAUAUGGCAAGCGGAAACAAGAUGA